GCCGAGACGAGCCAACAGUUGGACGAACUUCGUGUGGAUGUGAAUGAAUUCAAAGAUUCAUUUUAUUCCGGCAAUAAUUCUCGUCAACAAAUUCCACAACGUUCAAGAGAUUACGACCAACGGCUGCAUAGGCUUCAGAAAUUGAAAAGGUAUAUAGCAGGCGUUCUUGCCAGUUGCCAUCCUACUUUUCCACAUAUUUUAUGCCCUCUGUAUUGACGAUAUUCUCAAUUUCUGGGUUUUAGUUUCUUUGGAGAAGAACCGCCCAUGGUUUCUCUUUUAUUACAGAAAAUGGGAUACGAAGUAUGUGGCGCUACAAAAUAUUGCUGUUUGUUGUCGUCAUUGUCACUGUCGUUGUUGGAGUCGUUGUUUCCGUCGUUCGUGUUGCUGUUGUUGUUGUUGUUGUUGUUGUUGUUGUUGUUGUUGCUGCUGCUGCUGCUGCUGUCGUCGUCGUCGUUGUUGUUGUUGUCAUCGUCGUUGUUGUCCUUGUUGUCCGAUAUUGUUGUUGUUGUCGUCGUCGUCGUCGUCGUCGGUGUUGUUGUUGUUGUUGUCUGUGUCGUUGUCAUUGUUGCUGUUGUUGUCGUCUUCGUCGUUGUUGUCGCCGUUGUUGUUGUUGCUGUUGUUGUAGUUAGUCGUUGUUGUAGUUCAGUCGUUGUUGUCGCCAUUGUAAAGGUCCAUACACACUGGACGCGAUUCGACAACGCGACGCGAUUUUUCGAUUUUCACUGAUCGAUAUCUUUGAUCCUAGUUUAAAUUUUCCAAAUAUUUAGAAGCGUCGCAACAUUUUGAGUUAGUCUACAUAUCUUUCAAAAUUUGCUCUCUUUGACUGUUUUAUUAACUUUCAAAAACUAAAAAAUCGUGUCGCGUUGUCGAAUCGCGUCCGGUGUGUCUGGACAUUUAAUGUCAUUGUUGCUGCUGUUGUCGUCGUCGUCGUUGUUGUUUUUAUCGCUCACUGUUGUUAAAUUUAAUAUCUUUCGUGUUUUUAAUCCAUCAGCGCUUCAUUCCGCACUUCAAAGCUGAAGAGAUUGGAAUCCUGGAAUUACCCUACAUGACCGAACAACGGUUACAAAAUCUUGGAAUUCCUCUGGGACCACGAUUAAGAAUCUUGGAAGAAAUACAAAAUCUGAGAUGA